GCAGACACUGCAUAGCUGCCGCACCAGGACACUGCAGCUGCCCGGCAGCGUUCACCUCGCGCCUCGAGGGCGACCUGUGCUCGCUCGCGCCCUUGUUCGCGUGCAUUCGCAGCAACACUUUUGCGAAGGGGACGUGGACAAGUUCGUGAAGCGCCUCAAGAAUAAGUUCAGCCAUGACACGUUAACUCUGACGGGCUACCUGUUUGAGGUGCACGUGUGGGCGUCCUUCAACUGGGACGGCAUUGCGAAGGGCCUGCCGUACCGGUGAGUGGUGGGGCAGUUUCAUACUCGCAUUGAUUGCAUUCGCAACUGAUGACGCGAGGGCAGGGAUAAUGCGAGGGAUGGGGCAGGACUGCUGGUGUGCGGACUGGGGUCGGCUGAUAUGCACUGCUACUUCGACUGCGUGGCGCAGUGCGCAGCUGUGGGAGGAUGGCGGUGGCGGGGCGGUGGACAUCCGGGUGUUCGACACCAGCGACCCCGACACCACACUGCUGGAGGCGCAGCUCAAGGUCCGCGCAGGCGCUGGGGCCAACAACAAAACCCUUUUCAGUCGCCGGUACAAGGGCAUGGACCGCAUCACCACCACGGAGCACGUCGACAUCAGGAAGGGCGUGGAGGUCAGCGACACGCUGUGCUAUGGGGGCGCCGAAAGCCUGCCACUGUCGGUGAAGGAGCUGUGGGCCAUGUGCAAGCACACCAAGGCGCACUUCAAGCGGGUCAAGGCGGCUGUCCGGAAGCGAGCGCGGCAGGAGGGGUGGUAGGGCGGCACGCAGAGAUGAAGGA